AUGAGGGGACCUGAUGGGGAACUGGAACGAUCUGGCAUCAACGUUGACUCUGUGUUAGAACUUGUGACUCAUUCUGGAUUCAAAUACCCUCUCCGAUGCACUCGAGACAGCCGUAUGAACUGGCUAGAAUGGGUGCGACUUUGUAAAGCUGAUCUCUGCGUUGCCCUGUUUCUCUCUCAACUUCACAAUCUUGAGUACUACUCAAUGACAACGACAGAGAAUUCGAGGUAUUGGGUCUCUGUCCUCUCACUUUUUCGCCGUGUAUUGUGUAAUGAGACCCCAUGCAUGUCAAUGGCUCGCUUCGAGAAACUAAAGAGCGUCGAUAUCGACAAUAAUAUGCAAUCAACGCCUACGAAUCGUCUCGUUGGGAGGGAUAAGUACAGCGAAUUCUCAACAAAGUACGCACUUUAUCUGCCAAGUCUCACAAGCUUACGGGGCACUCUUUCGAAACCAUUUGGCCACAGUCGUCAAAGAUUUUGCUGGCCAGUUGAGACUGCCCCGGCGGUGCCGCUGGCAAGUAUGCUUACAAAUUUAUCCUUACGUGGAACUAACAUAACAUUCUCACACCUGGAGGCCUUUCUGCGAGUUACACCCUCUUUGACGCGGUUCGAUUAUGAGAUUGUACGCUAUGUUGAUGACUUAAAUGUCGAGAGAUUCUACUGCAAGUCUUUAAUCAAAGCUCUCAAAUUAGUAGCUGGAAGUUUACAGAGCCUGAGACUCUCAACUCGCUUCGAGAUGGGCCGUACUGAAGGGCGUGAUUUCAAAGCCUUGUAUGGCAGAAAAGAUCUCGAUAUCAGAGGAAAUACUUCUUUUAGAGGUUUCAGUAGGCUCGACAAGCUUGAGAUCCCUAUAAUUCUUCUUCUCGGCUCAUCAUCACACGAAUGCUCCAAGAUCAUCGAUCAACUACCACAGAGCCUCCAGAGACUAAGCCUGAAUGACAACCUCACACUCUACCGAGCUUUCGAAUGGAGAAGUCCAGCCAUCUUGAAGGUAUUGGAGAAGUCGCUGCAGUCUUUCUCGACACAUACAGACCGCCAGCAUUUGCACUUCCUAGAACUCAUCAUAAGAGAUAGCAGCGAAAAUCCCUUCAGGGGAAAAAGUCACUUUUACGUCAAGCCCGAGAUGAAAGAUCUCCCAUACGCAUGGGAUGACUGGGACUUACAAACUCAAAAAAUGUUUCACAAAAUUUGUGCUAAUGCCGGACUUCGAUCUCAAUUCCGCAGGCGACCAUUGGAUGUCUUUGGCUUUCAGACGGUUUUUGAUGAUGACUGGGUCAGUAGAACUAACCCACGAGGAUGGUUGCUAUAA